AUGUCGGAAAUGCAGAGAGUUCGGUCAAACAAGCAGAGCUCUGAGCACCAGUUCCUCCCAUCUAGUGGGCAUUCUUUCCACGAGUCAAACCACCACCAGCAGCAGUGCCCCCGCUUUCCUCCUGGUGCCCUGACAGCAGCCAACAUUUCCCAUGUCCCUGGUAAUGUACGGCAGGUGGCGGGAGGCACACGAUCAAAGUGUCUGGCUGCCAAUUGUGCAGCCAUGAAGACGCCCCCAGCUCAGAGGCAGGCAAAGCAGCCGAUCUCAGCAGCAACACCUCUUACCCACCCACUGCCCCCCCCAAAGCCACCCGCUGAAAAAGCCAUUGGACCAGAGAACCCAAUUUUGUAUGAAGUCGAAGCGGCAAAGCGGAGAUUUUCAGCCACCUUCCAAGCACAGAUGCUGUUUGGGAAACAAUCUCAGGAGGUGGACAGCUGA